CCAUCCCACUUUGAGACUGUGAGACGACGACCUUGACGACUUCAGCUCAACUCUGAGAUAAAGCAUCUAGCUUUCGGUAACUAAAACCGACACUUCAUUGAAAAUGUACUAAUAAUUCUGCGCAAAGAAGCCGCUUCAGAUCGAUAACUCUUCAUACAAUCCACCCACGUCACAUUUUCACAAUGGCAUCCCAACUGUUACCUCUCGAGCUUAUCGACAAGUGUGUGGGCUCCAGGAUUUGGGUCAUUAUGAAGGGCGAUAAGGAAUUCAGCGGAACUCUCGUCGGUUUUGACGACUACGUUAACAUGGUUCUGGAGGAUGUGACCGAGUUGUAUGAGCAACAUCUCCAUUAUUGCCUUUCCAGUACUGGCUAACUCAAUAGUGACUACUCGGGUAACCACACUAAGCUUCCCAAGAUUCUGCUGAACGGCAACAACAUCUGCAUGUUGAUCCCCGGUGGUGAAGGUCCAGAAGGAGCUGCUUGAGAAUGGUCUACCAGGAUCAUAGACAUCGCAAAAUCUCUUCCGAUCGAAACUCAUCUCGAGCCCAGGACUCCCCUAUUUUAGACUCAAGCAAACCUGGCGCGACCUAUUUUAUACGUGUGUCACAACAUGCACAUUAAGUGGAAACCAGGACCGCAGUAUAGCUCAGAAGAGUCUAAUCUCAAGCUCAUUCCGGUUUAUAUGUGGUUAAAAAUAAAUAAGCAGUAACCUGCAGCCCCCUAACGCCGACCGUCCAUAAUGCCUGUCCGUUUUAGAUGAUC